ACACACGGGGGCCGUGCGUGCUACGUACUUCCCGUUCCCGAUGAGCUAUCUUCUUCUGGCUCGGCGCCGUUUACUGAAUGUUUUGGUGCGAAAAUACGGUGUCGAAAAGAAAAGUAAACACGACUUAACCAUGACAUUUCGAAUAAGUGGGACCUAAAUCGGCGGUGCGGCGGAUAGGAGGUCGGAUUCUGCGCGGGUUUUGGGCACAUCUUUGUUGUACUCGCAUGUCCGCUUUCUUCGCGGACGGUCUCCGGCGAGCGGUGCAUAGCAGUGGACGACGACUUCUUGGCGAAUAACAUGAAGGAGAUGAUUGGCGGUUGCUGUGUUUGCUCUGAUGAGAGAGGAUGGGCCGAGAACCCACUGGUUUAUUGCGAUGGACAUGGCUGCAACGUCGCCGUGCACCAAGCCUGUUAUGGCAUUGUGCAGGUGCCCACUGGACCCUGGUUCUGUAGGAAGUGUGAAUCUCAGGAGAGAGCCGCCCGUGUGAGGUGUGAGCUGUGUCCCCACAAAGACGGAGCCCUCAAGAGGACCGACAAUGGAGGCUGGGCCCACGUAGUAUGUGCGCUGUACAUACCCGAGGUGGAGUUCGCCAACGUCUCGACGAUGGAGCCCAUCGUACUGCAGUCUGUACCGCAUGAUCGCUACAACAAGACAUGCUAUAUCUGCGAGGACCAGGGCAGAGAGAGCAAGGCCGCCACAGGAGCCUGCAUGACCUGCAACAAGCAUGGCUGUCGACAAGCCUUCCACGUAACAUGUGCUCAGUUCGCUGGGCUGUUGUGCGAGGAACAGGGAUCCGACGCAGACAACGUCAAGUACUGCGGAUACUGCAAGUACCACCACAGCAAACUGCGAAGGAGCAGGGGCCGGGGUAGUAGGUCUCAAAGCUUAAGUGACUCUUCCCCUCAGUGUAUGGAUAGAGCCUCAGACCAGGACAACAAGAAACACAAAGAGAGGGACAGGCACAAGCCCAAACACAAGAAGACCCCACUAGACAUGUCUCCCUCCCUCGUCCUCCUAAACACCACAGUCCCCGACAAGGGCUACACCUGCAGCAGCACCUCAGGCGGAGGCGUGGCCUCUCUGCCCGCCCCCUCGCAGAAGCGAUUGGACGACAGCGGCGCCCGCUUCACCACCGCCAACUUCCAGGAAGUGCCCUUGGCCCACGCCGGUCCCGGCGGUGCCAAGGACGGCCCCGCGGCGGACAGCGGGAAGAUGGGCCCCGACCCCAAGAUCAAGAAGAGCAACAUCGUCGGGGCCGGUGCCGGUGCCCUCGCCGGCUGCGGCGGCGGCGGCAGCCACGUCGUCGGACAGAGGGGAGGCCGCAAGACCCUCACGUCCUCGGCGAAGCCGCUGCCCUCCGCCGUGGUCACCAUGGCAACCUCCUCCACUUCGGCCACUGCCUCCACCGGACCGUUUCAUCAGGGCCUUCUACUGACCAGCGCGAGUAAGACAUCCUCCGCUCCGUCGUCCUCGGACUUCCUGGGGUUCUCUGAUUCGUCCCUGCGGCCGGGUGGAGGCACCACCUUCUCCUCCCCUCCCUCCUUCAGCAGCUGUCUGGUGAAGACGGCCUCGGAGGGUGGGGCCUCUGACGGAUCCACCACGCUGUUCGGGUCCAUGAUGUCCGCCACCGUAGCAUCAGGAGUGGGCGGCAAGCUGUACGAGAACUCGCACACGAGCCUGACGAGCCCGCCCGACACGGUGAGCCUGAGCAGCGGUGUGGGCUUCAAGCGGGCCCAGCCCUCCACGUCCAGCGUGGGGCCGGGCCUGGCGGGCGCCAUCGGCGGCUGCGACGACAGCGUGAAGAAGAAGAAGAAGGGCAACUGGCGCAACCGCUUCGGGCCGUGCUUCACCACCGACUCCAAGCCGUCGGAGCCGGCGCCGUCGCUCACGCUGCCCGUCUCCGCGACGGCCAACGCCGUCUCUUCCUCGUCGUCUUCCUCGUCUUCCUCGGCCUCCGUCGCCUCGCCGUCGCCGACCUCGUCGGCGCUGACAGGGCGCCCCGGCGUGGGGGGGAUGACUGGGGUGGGGGCCGGGGGAGGAGCUGUCUCAGCUGGAGGAGGAGCUGGAGGAGGAGGAGGAGGAGGAGGGGGAGAGAGGAUGGUGGGGGUCGUCGGCGUCGGGAUCCAGAAGUCCCCAUCGCUCCUCAGGAACGGGACACUCCCCGGACACACUGGCUCCACCCCCACUGGCGCAGGUGCGUUCUCCAUCGGCGAUGGGUCGUCGUCUGUGACCGGACUGGGCGCCAUGGGCGGAGCCAAUUCGGAUUUGGCCCAGCAACAGACGCCGGCCCCCUCCCUGGCCCCGCCCUCGCCCUUUAUGGCCACCGCACCUCUAACCACCACAGCGUCAACACAUGUAAGCAGCCUGCCUGGGUCUGUUUUCAACCUUGCUCCCUCCCAUAUGUUUGGGAACCGGCUUAACCCAAAUUCAGCCAUGGCUGCACUCAUCGCCCAGUCUGAAGCCACACCAGCAGACCAGGAGGCAGGAGACGGCAGCACCAGUAGUGUUGGAGCCCAGGGCUUCUCCAUAAGAGCUUCUCCCAAGACCACCCCGCGCUCUCCCAUUGGCGGCCUGCAGAUCCGCUAUGACCCGUCGGGGUCAUUGUCGGGGCCGGGCCUGGGCAUGCUGGGGGCGGGGUGCGGCGGAGGUGGUGGUGGUGGUGGUGGUGGGGACACGCUGCCCCCGGUGGUCACCAGUAUAGAGCAGCUUCUGGAGCGACAGUGGAGCGAUGGCCAGAACUUCCUCAUGCAGCAGGAGGCGCAGGGAGAUGUGGUGGCCAUGUUGAAGUCCCUGCACCAGUUGCAGGUGGAGAACAAGCGGCUGGAGGAGCAGAUCAGGUCUCUGACCGUCAAGAAGGAGAGGCUGCAGCUCCUCAGUGCACAGCUCUCGGUGCCUUUCACCCCCCACUCGGCGUCCUCUGACGUGAAGGGAUCACAGCUGGGGGCCGCUGAUUCGUCUCUGCCCGUGGCAGCUCAGGACAGUGCGUCGUGCGGCGGCCGUAGCAGCAAUGGCUCCACCUCCUCCCUCUCCACGCCGCCCUCGGUCUCCCAGAGCCCGCCCCAGCUCAACGGCCUGCCGUCGGGCGCCACGGGCCUGAUGGUGGGCCUGGGGGGGGGCCAGGUGGGCAGCCUGAAUGGCGUGAUCCAGAGUCGCGAGGGGGGGCUCACCCCUCGCGUCGACGUGGGGCCCCUCAAUUACCGACUGGGAAACGCCAGCAGCAUGACCACUGCUAAGAACAGCUCGGCACGUCACGGCCUGAUGUCUGAGCAGCAGAGACUCCUGCUGCAGCAUCAUCAGCUCCAGCAACUAUUGAGCUCCCAUCCAACAGCGGAGCAGCAGCAGGUGCUGCUCUACCAGCUCAUGCAGCAGCAGCAGGACCUGCAGCAGAUCCACGCCCAGAUGCCCCUCACCUCCUCCUCCUCUUCCUCAGCUCAGCUGCCAGUCGGCGGCCUGCAGCCCGCCCCCCAGGGGGGCCCGGGCGCCAUCACCUCCAACCCCUUCCUGGCGAUGCAGCACGCACACGCCGACGGCGGCCCGAAGCCGCGGCUGACCGCCGACAAGACGGAGAAGACAUGACGGCGGAGGCCACGCCUUCGCUGACGUCUUUUCGUUUUGUUUUGUUUCUCCUUCGUGUCGAUAGUCUCCCUGUGUUCCUUCCCUAUCCGCCGUCUCCUCUGAGACCCUGGUUGUUCUUUGACGUCCGGGUCUCUCUCGCUGAUAAACUCUCUCUCUCUCUCUCUCUCAGGGGCCUCCGCUAACUAGUGUAGUUAUUUAGUGCACUCAGCCGCACACAAGCCAGCACACUCAAGAAGACAAGCAAGAAACUUUGAAGCUCCCCGGAAGACAAAGGUGACGGAUCUAUGUUCCAACAUCUGUCCUGCCCGCACCGCAGUUUUAUUAUGCUUUCAAAGGGGGCGGUAAAACGGACACGAGGGUGGCUGGGGCGGGGGGGACGGGGGCUUUUUUGGAAAUAUCCGAAGAGCUAGUGCUGUUACCUCUCUCCUUGUCUCCAUUACUGACCGAGACGAGCCUCAUAUGGACACCACAGAAGCCUUGCGUUGACUGUCUGCUUCGCAGGCCAGAUAUACAGGGGGCUCACUCAGAGCAGUGGGGUAAAAAGGGGCGCGCGUUGUGGCGGCAUUCUUUGUUCAACAAGGCAGAAUCAUUGCGAGAAAUUAUGCAGAAAAACUGAGCCGUCGGUAGUCAACACUACAUUUGCUCCGUGCGGAAAGGCAUUGCGAUGCAUCUCCCUGAUUAAGCCCCCUGCUGCACCUACCUCUAACGCAGGACCAGCCUAUCGGGACCUAAGGGCUGCCGAGAGCGGCCAAUCACAAUCCAUAGCAAUCAGGACUGGCCAAUCAGGGUCCAAACCCCAAGUGCCUGAGGCCAAAGAAAGGAGGGGGGCGGACUGGAUUUAUUUUUCCUCGUACCUGUGUCUCCGUCACUCAACCCGCUCUCGGAGCGCUACUGGUAAUUAAGCUGCGUUGCCACGGCAACAGAAUACAGAACACUUGGGUGUGUCAAAUAAAAUGUGCCAUUCCUGUAAAAAAGAAAAACACAGGAAACACUUUUCUGCUGCAUUCUAAUGUCGGAGCCAACUUUGUAAUGUGCUUUUCUAUUUAUUUUGAGUUUGUUUAAGGGGCGUAAAAUGGUAUAUUUUAAAUGCCCGCUGGUGUUGCAAUUUUAUGUUUUAUACUACUGUGUUGAGUCCUUUUUUGUUGUUUAUUCUCAUUUAUUCUCACACCUCAACAGUCAAACUUUGCUGUAAACCUUUGAUCUACAAACCUAAUGUAGUGUGUUUUGAAAGCCAGAAACUACUUGAGAGUUUGUCUGUAGGGGGGGGUGAGGCUGUAGAUAGCUAUUUGUUAACGGGUGUUGGGUGGGGUGGUGAGGAUUUGAGUGGCACAGUUUUUACCUCGUUAAGUGUACAUAGAUCUUUCUCAUUGGCCCUCGGUGUACAUAUAAGUGAAUGUGAUUGGCUGGUGUGAAGGACAGUCGAUGAAGCCUCAGCUUGCGUGUGUGAAUCUUAGGACCAGACGGAUGAAUAAAUGGUGACUGGACACAUAAAGUAUUAAUUUAUUUUUAUAUGUGCAGGGACAUUGUGUGUCUUUUUUUAAGUUUUGCACCAUUUUCUUGAUGAGAAUUUGUUUUAUACUCUGCAUCAUGUGGUCUUCUGAGAACAUGUCGGGUUGAUCCAUUUUUUAUUUUAUUUUUUUUACAGGUGAAAAAUAAUUUGCGGGGGGGUUCUAAUAAUGUAUUUGAAAACACCAAAAUAAAGAAAUGCUCUUGGUAAGGAUCAAACUAUUAGUACAUUUUUUUUUUUCAUCAUCCGGGACACACUUGCAUUACUUAAUAUUGUUACGACACGAUCAAAUGUGUAUUAUGGGAUUCUUCUGUAAGUAAUGCAAUAUUUUUAUUAACUAAUCAAUUUAUAAAUAAAUUGUUUGUUUUUUUCAGAAAAUCGAUGUUUGGCUCAGGAAAAACCGAAGCUAUCGACAGUGAGAGAUUUCUAAGAAUGAAAAUAGCUUUCACAAUAAGCAUUGAAGCAUUCUCUUCCAGCUCACUCAACUAACUCUUAAGUAAGGCAUAGAGUUAAUUAACCCUAUGCAUGAUACUGAAUAUAUGUUCCUCUUUCCAUCUUUAGAUGUUGACUUCAGAAAUGGUUCAAGGAAGCCUGAGAUGAUGAUUUACUAUACUAACAGCUAAACAUUGCAUUAAAGAAGAAAGAGCUUAAUGUAGCUUAAAACGACAUGCUAAAGGGUCCCGGCACUGCACACACAUGAUUAUUUCCAGCUGUGUGUGUGUGUGUGUGUGUGUGUGUGUGUGUGUGUGUGUGUGUGUGUGUGUGUGUGUGUGUGUGUGUGUGUGUGUGUGUGUGUGUGUGUGUGUGUGUGUGUGUGUGUGUGUGUGUGUGUGUGUGUGUCUCA